CAGCCUAAUCCUCACAAAGACUAACGGGAUUGGCAGAAUACAUUUUUCUCCGUGAGGAAAACACUUUUUAUUUAUCACUAUCUUUUUAGUUUCGUUUUUUGUCAUUUUCCAUUACAUUAUCAGCGAGGAAACCAGUAUUUUCAUCACGAAUUUCCUAUUGGUAUUUCCCCUACUGUUGACGUUUACGCUUCAACAAUGGAAUCUAUCCGCCCUCAGCGACUUCAACCAGGGAUAAGAUUUGGAGCUGGAUCGACUGGGACCCUACGCUCCUCUCUCCGGCCCGGGGUUACAGUUCCAACCGCACCUCUGCUGCCUCCCCCGGCCUCCCUAUGUGCUUCCUCCGGGCCACCUCCGCCGCUUCAACUCCACAGUCUUCACGGCACUAUUGGGAGUGCGGGUCUCGGAACAGGGGUGGCUGGAUUCGGUCUAUGUAAUCCAGGGAACCCGGCGGUCUUGAAGGAGGCGGUGGAGGCUGUUGUUCGGAGUUUUGCUAAGCAUACGCAGGGCUAUGGCAGAGUGAACGUGGUGGAAGCCUUGCAAGAGUUCUGGCAGAUGAAGCAGUCAAGAGGGGCAGACCUCAGGAAUGGGGCGCUGGUGGUGUACGAGAUGGUCCCAUCAAACAACCCACCCUAUGUUUGCUACGUCAGUCUCCCAGGGGGAAGCUGCUUUGGGAGUUUCCAGUUUUGUCCAACCAAGGCUGAAGCAAGACGUAGUGCUGCCAAGAUCGCGCUGAUGAACUCGGUUUUCAACGAGCAUCCUUCCCGCCGCAUCACAGAUGACUUCAUUGAGAAGAGUGUAUGUGAGGCGCUGGCCUCCUUUAAUGGAAACAGAGAAGAGGCAGACAACCCCAGCACUGGAAUCGGGGCAUUUCGCUUCAUGCUGGAAUCCAACAAAGGAAAGUCAAUGUUGGAGUUUCAGGAAUUGAUGACAGUCUUUCAGCUGCUGCACUGGAAUGGUAGCCUGAAGGCCAUGAGAGAGAGACAAUGCUCCCGUCAAGAAGUGCUGGCUCACUACUCCCAUAGGGCGCUGGAUGAUGACAUGCGUACCCAAAUGGCUGCUGAUUGGGUGAACCGAGAGCAAGGCGUGGCUGGCACCAUUGCCCAGGAGGUGGCGGCAACAGAUCGAGAACUUGAGGAGGCCAGGCUGGCUGGCCGGGAGCUUCGCUUUCAUAAGGAAAAGAAGGACAUCCUGAUGCUGGCUGUUGGCCAACUGGAUGCAGCCAACACUGCCACCCUGCCUUCAACCUGCUAGGUAUACGCUGGAUUCCAACCCCAUAACUUGAUUCACUUCCAUUUGCCCACGUUGACUUCCCCCUCACAGUUCUCAAAAAGUCUACAUAGGUGUGGGAAACAUAAUAGUAACUCUGCAUAGCUUCCACCACAUGGCUUUUACAUAUUCAGCCCGAUCAGAUCUGCAAGUUGGGAGUCAAGGGAAGAUGGAAGGAAGUUGGUUGUCAGUUUGGAAUCUGGCCUUAGAGAUGGAAUGAGGAAAAGUGGCCAAUAACCAUUGAUUGUAUAGAGACUAGCAAGGCAGCCAUUUAGGAGCUUUCAAUUAUAAAACAGUGAGUGUUCUUAGAUCUUUCAGCAGUUUUUUUCCAGCCCAGUACUAAUACACCUAAUUCAGUUUAUGAAGGUCUUGACAAUAAGUUGAUUAUUUGAAUCAGAUGUGUUAGUGCUAGUUUAGAACAAAAUCUUUAGGACCAGGAUUGAAUAAUAAGAAGUCAUUGAGGUCCUUUUGUGCUGCCAUGUUAUUGGAUUUGUGAAAUUCACAUGGAAUAAUGAAAUGUUAUCAUUCCUCUCAUUCCCUUUCUAUGCUGGUAGACAACGCUUCCACAUGGGUAAAGUUAAAGCCCAUCACUUGCCUUUAAUGAUCGUACAGGACAUAAUCACAAGGAUAUUGUCACAGAACGAUCUUUCUCACCAAAAUAGACCAAUGUCUGUUGCUUAAGCAUGAUCUAUCACUUCAUUAAGGACUAUGAAAGUUAUUUGAACAUUUAUGUAUAGCUCUUACAUUACAGAUCUUAUAUACAGAGGUAGGAUCUUAAUUUGAUCACUUUUGUUGCUGAGGAUUUUCCUGCACCACAGGAAAUGCAGAUUAACUUUUGUAAUUGACAUAAAUUUACUGAACACCCACACUAACACACGGUUAUAUAGUAUUUCACUUUUCAUGAAGCCUACUUUUGGCCAGAUAAAAGCCUUACCACCGCUCAAGCAACAUUAUGGACUAAACUUUCAAAUCCUGUUGCUGCAGGAUUAUUUUGCUGUGACAGCAUAGGUCAAAUUAAGAUCCGACAUCUGUAGAGUCUAUCAUUAGUGAUAGCCAGCCUUAUUUGCGAAGAAAGAACCGCUCCUCCGACUCAAACUGAUGUCACUCGUAAAAUAACUAAUUGCCUAGCUUUGCUUGCUAGAAUGUUUACACGAAUGUCAGUUAUCCAACAGUUUUUUUCUGGCCUUGCAGCUUUUAAUGACUAAACUUUCAGCGUUAUCAUUCUAAGUCAGGAUCAUUUACUGUCACUAAGCCAUUUUUAACUAAAACGCACACAAGUAAUUUAGCCGAUACUGAUAUCUGGAUUGACCACAGCAUUGAUGCUAACAACUGUUUAAAUGUGAGUAAUGUGUGCAACACAAAAACAUAGCAAACACAGUGCACAAACGUAAGAGUUUGUAGUAAUAUAUGGGAUUGCAGUUAACCACAAGUUACCCUAACCACAAGUUACUCUCAAGGUAAAACAUUUAUUAAAGCGUUUUGGCAGCUAUACGCUGAGAAGAAAAAUUCAAAGGACAAAAAAACAUUAUCAAUGUAGAAUCUCCAUCAUAAAUGCUCCAUGGGGCUCCAUGGGGCUCCAUGGGGCGGCAGGGUAGCCUAGUGGUUAGAUUGUUGGACUAGUAACCGGAAGGUUGCAAGUUCAAACCCCCAAGCUGACAAGGUACAAAUCUGUCGUUCUGCCCCUGAACAGGCAGUUAACCCACUGUUCAAAGGCUGUCAUUGAAAAUAAAAAUUUGUUCUUAACUGACUUGCCUAGUUAAAUAAAGGUAAAAAUAAAUGGAAAUUGUUUUAGUCCAGGACUCGGCUUAAUCUUUUAGCCAUUAUGAAAUAACAGUGGAUCCUUCUUGAAUUCUUUUGAAUUGAUGUUUUUUGGGGGGAAUUUCACAGAGGCUUUACCAUACCGGUACGAAAUGUUAUCCAGUCAUGCGAUCUGCUACUCUGAAAAUCUCUUGAAAUAGACCCAUUUAGAAAACACAUUUAUUCAGGGAUCAGAACACACAGAGAAUCCAUUCAUGUUCACAUUGAAUACCAGUAAAUGCCUAUGUCAUAUCACAAUGGCAAUAUCACACUGACAGCUACAGUAAAAAAAUAAUGAAUGCGAAUAAAAUGCACCAAACAUCACGCUAAUGUUGUAUCAUAGUCCCAAUGUCCUCUUGGGUUUAACAUUGUAUCCUACUUACUAUAUGUCUCUUGAUGGAAUUGUCUAUGGUAUGUUUUUUGAAAGAAAAUAAGCAGAGAGAAAAAAAGAUUUGGCUGACUUGCCCUAACUUUCCUGAAUGUAAUCAUAUCCCAAUAGCAACAGCAGCGCAAAAUAAAUUGACGAGAUGCCCGUUAGUUUUGGAUAGCAUUUCCAUUGCUCUUCUUUCAUUGACAGUAUUGGUUAGUGUUCUUUGUUUUCCUACCAAGCCAGGGUUAGGCAUUUCCCGUGGUUCUCAAUCCAGUGUAUGCUUGUCCUAAUUAAAUUAAGAAGUGAACCUUUUGUUAAAACACACAGCCAGGUCCAUUAUUAUUGGCGCCCUUAAAAAAAAAAUAGCAAAAAAAGACAGUAUAAAAUAAAUAAUACAAAUACUAAGCUAUAUUUCAUGGUUAAAAAAAGGGAAAUUAGAUUACUUUAUACUAAUAUAAUUGCUCAGAGAAAGAGCUUUAGUUUAACCAGUAGUAAAAAAUGUAAAAAUUAAAGAUAGGGGUAAAACACCAGCACCCUCCACUUGCAAGGAUAAUGACACAGAGACUCUUUCUAAAAUGUUUUAUAAGAUUGGUGAACAUAUUGGGAGGGAUCUUAGACCAUUCCUCCAUACAGAAUCUUUCCAGAACCAUUAUAUCCUCCGUCAGGGCUUAUGGACUGCUUUCUUCAAUUCAAACCACAUGGGGUUCAAGCCCGGAGACUGAGAUGACCUUUGCAAAAUGUAGAUUUUGUGGUCAAUUAACCAUUUCUUUGUGGAUGUUGAUGUGUGCUUGGGGUUAUUGUCUUGCUGGAAGAGCCAUUUGCAACCAAGUGUCAUCCUCCACUUGCGCCCAAGUGUUUUUGGCUAAAACGUCCUGGUACUUGGUAAAGUUCAUGAUGCCGUUGACCUUAAAGGCCCCAGGACCCAUGGAAGCAAAAUAGCCCCAUAACAUAAAAAAUGCACCACCAUAUUUUACCAUAGGUAUGAGGUACUUUUCUGCUAAUGCUUCUGUUUUUCAACGCCAAACCCACAACUGUUGUGCAUGGCCAAAGAGCUCUAUUUUCAAGUAAUCUGACCUGUCCUGGGGCCCUUGUUAAGAUCAAUGGCAUCAUGAACUUGUAAAUUUAGCCAAAACCCUGGUUGCCUCUACCAGGAGGAGGCUGACACUUGGCUGCAAGUAGAUACCUGACUGUAUUUGUGUUAGCUAAUGGAAAUCAUAUUUCAUUAAGUGUCUGGUAGGUGUAUUCUCCCAUCAUGCUUAUUUGUGUGACUCAUUUAUUUUUUGUAUUUUUCUUUUAAGUGUGUGUAAUGGUGUGUUACAGAUGGUUUUUAUGGCAGUUGUCUGCUCACCAUUAAUCACGUACAUUGCUAAAAAAUGUAGUUGUUUAAUGUUUGGGUCCCACUUCUAUAUAAAGUGUGGCUAAAACAACCAAUCUUACAUGGUAAUUAAUUACAUUGGCAGGUAUAUUGUUCACAUUGUCGUAAGAGUAUUGGUUUCCAAUUUCAUUUUUUUUUGCAAAUCCAAUACUUUUAUAAAAAAAAAAUUUUUUUACCAGAUUGUUAAUGUGUACCUACACUGUAAUUACACUAAACCUGUCUGUGUAAUUACCAUGUAAACACAUGUUUUAGCGACACUUAAUAUAACUUGGGACUAAUGUUUGCGUGUUAUUCCUUUUAACACAGGUUGCAAUCUUUUUAUAAACUGUUCAAGUCAUGUUAUUACCCUGCCUUCUCGCUUAUCAAGUUGUGCAUGAUUCAUAAAUCCAUUUGUACAAAAUGUGAUCUAUAUAAACUUUGUUUUAUACAGUCCUUAUGUAUUUUAUAUGACCAGUUUUAAAUUGUUACUUUUUUUACUCAAUGUAGGUUUCUAUUUAGAUUUGUAUAAAUAAAAUGCAAUAAAGCAGCCAAAAACAACCCUCA